AUGUAAACGUCAAAACGAAACGUCAAAAGUGUUGUUUUAACAGAUUUUUCUACAUAUUUACACAAAACAGAAAAAUUUCCUUAAAUAACUUGCUCCAAAAUAGACGCUUUUCCAAUCCUUUUCAUCCCACAAACGACUAAUUUACUAAUUUUUUUCAUUUUAUAAUUACUAAAAUUUUUGAGGUUAUGUAAACGUCAAAACUAAACGUCAAAGUGUUGUUUUAACAGAUUUUUCUACAUAUUUAGACGAAAAUGUCCUCAAAUAAAUAUUCUAUACUAUUACCUACUUACAACGAAGUAGAAAAUUUGCCAAUUAUAAUUUGGUUAAUCGUAAAAUACAUGAAUAAAAGCGGUAUUGAUUACGAAAUCAUAGUAAUUGAUGAUGGAAGCCCCGAUGGGACCCUUGAGGCAGCUAAACAAUUACAAAAGAUUUAUGGAGAAUCAAAAAUUGUGCUUAGACCAAGAGAAAAAAAGUUAGGUUUGGGUACAGCUUAUAUUCAUGGAAUUAAACACGCCACAGGAGACUUUAUUAUAAUUAUGGAUGCAGAUUUAAGUCAUCAUCCAAAAUUCAUUCCUGAAUUUAUCAAACUACAAGAGUCACAGAAUUUCGAUGUAGUCUCAGGAACGCGAUACAAAGGCACUGGAGGUGUAAACGGUUGGGAUUUCAAACGUAAACUUAUCUCAAGAGGAGCCAAUUUCCUUACACAGCUUCUUUUAAGACCAGGAGCUUCUGAUUUAACUGGCUCUUUUCGUUUAUAUAAAAAACAUGUUUUACAAAUGCUAAUUGAAAGCUGCGUUUCAAAAGGUUAUGUUUUUCAAAUGGAGAUGAUUAUAAGGGCGAGACAGUUUAAUUUUACUGUGGGUGAGGUCCCCAUUACGUUCGUCGAUAGAGUUUAUGGUGAAUCAAAACUUGGUGGAUCUGAAAUCUUUCAAUUCGCUAAAGCUUUAUUGUAUUUGUUUGCUACUACAUAAACACAAAAUUAGUUAGUUAAUAAGUUUAAUAUUUUGUAUCUACGUAAAUGUUUAAAUAAAACAUUCCAUUUUA